GCGAAUCAUACUGCUGUCUCUAUAUAUGUUGUUUCGUCAGUUUCAGUGCAAGCGUCAGUGAAGCGAGUCGUCCUCCCUUUUUUCCAUCUCGAUUGCCGACUUUUCUUGUCGUCGUCGUCGAAGUCUGUCUCUCUCUCUCUCCUUGUCGACUUUUCGGACCUUGUGAUCUGAUCGAUCAUUCGUUACUCACGACUCCUUGCGUGCUUAUCCGAUCUCUGUCGUAGCCGACGAGAGGAGCAGAGCAGCUCAGUGACUCAGCGACUAGCUGCAACAGCUGGGAUCGAGUUGGAGACAGCUGCACACGCGGUAGUUGGGGUGGGAGAAGGAGAAGGAGAAGGAGAACUUCAAGGCGAAGUAGGAGAAGGAGUCGAUCUUGCAUUUCAGAUUCUCAGGUGCAGGAGGGUGUGAGCAGUGUGUGUGGAGAGAGGAACAUUUGCAUUUGCUUCUACCUACAGUAGCAUCUGUGGUCGCUGCAAAAAUGGCCAGCUGCAUCGGCAGUGCGAUUGUCAAGGCCCAAGCUAUCACCAUGGCUGCGGCUAUGGCGGCAGGAACGACGUCGUCUUCUUCCUCUGCUCAUGUGUACGGGAAGACGUCUCCUUGUGCCUUCCCCUCCGGUCUUGGCAGGAUGCCUGCACUUCGAAUUGCCGAUCAGAAGAUGGCGACUCGAUCACGUCCGCUCACUAUCUGCAGGGCUGAGGGAGACGACACGAGCAAGCCAUCGACGUCUGUGGACGUUUCUUCGAACACCACUUCAUCUUCAUCGUCCCCAGCUCCCGCCCCAGUAUCUGCGCCACCAACGCCGAAGAGAAGACCCGAAGGGUUUGGAGAUUUGAUGGCAUUCAGCUUGAGUAAUUAGUUAAAUUAGCCUUCGGAGUCGAAUGCGGUAUGGUGCUUUGGCACUGCUAGGGUGGAUUCUGUGAGGUAUACGGGGGUGCUUGCUUGCGUUCAUUCGUGCUGAGAGCAGUGAGAGGUGUACAUUAGUACUUAGUAUGGACUACUUCAAUUUACGAUGCGAUGUAGCGAGGUUGAAAUAUGUGAGAGAAGUUGAGAAAAGUACUAAAUUUUAUAUUGUGUC